AUGACUUUUGGGACCAUUACUAAUCAACUGUAUACCGAAAGACUUACUCGAGGCCCUGCAGUGAGCGUGCACGACAAACCACAAUUCCUGCUGGCUUUUCUAAGCGUGUUAGGAGUUAAGCAGGUAAUGGUGGUGACGGCCUCAAUGGCAGCUCAGUACGUCCUACCCCUUCUGACGCAGGACGUCUUUGUCUGCGUGGUUGGCAUUGCGCCAUCAAACACCCAUGAGAUCAGCCAGCCGUCUUUAUAUCGAACACCAAUCCUCGUCCUAUGGGGUAAGUUCCGAGAAGUCACAUCGAAAAUGGGAAAAUAUACAUAUUAG